GCGUUGGUGCCGGCCGCCGCCGAGGCGCCUUGCGGUGACCUUGCGGGCGCGGGGCUGCGCUGCGCCGCCGCCAUGUUGGCGUCGCUGGGGCGCUGCGCGGGGCGGCUGCUGCGGGCCGGCGGCACCGGCACCGGGAUCGGCACCGGGAUCGGGCGGCGGCAUGCGGGCGGCGGGGCGCACAUCGAGCCGCGGUACCGGCAGUUCCCGGAGCUGACGCGGGCGCAGGCGGUGCGGAGCGAGCUCCUCAGCGGCUUCAUGUGGUUCUGGAUCCUGUGGCACCUGUGGCACAGCUCCGACAUGGUGCUGGGCCACUUCCCCUACCCCGACCCCGCGGCGUGGACGGACGAGGAGCUCGGCAUCCCCCCGGACGACGCGGAGUAGGCGCCGGCAGCACCGCGGUACGGCCCCCGCCCUCCCGUACCCCUUGCUCGCCCCCGUACGGUGACGUUUCUCGUCGUGGCGCCGGGAAGCGAACAGCUGAAGGCAGCAGGGGCUCCAGUGAGGGGGUCUCCCCCUGCCUCUGCUGUGGGAAGACGGGAAAAAGGCUGUCAGGAGCCUCUCCUCUUACUCGCAGGUCUGCGGAACUACGAAGCGGUCCCUGGAAUGAAGUCUUUGGCUCUUCUGUCCCGAUUUCAAUAAAAGAAACUCUUAAGUUAAACCGUA